CUUGUGACCACUCAUUGUUGGGAGCCACUGGAUGACUUCACGAAAUAAGAUGGAAAGCCGAGUGGUCGUUCCUUGCGAGCAAAACUUUGCGGCCUUGGAGGAAGGCAGAAGCUCCUCCGAUGGAGCUCCGGGCUCUUCCUUCGUCAGCACUUUCAGAGCACUUGAUUUCAUGCAUUGUGCCAAGAUAUAUAAAGAUAAAGAAUAUUUGUAAACUGAAUUUAAAAGAAAAGGCGGCUGCUACGAGGAGAAGUUUUGACCAACUUUUGAGGUUUAAUUUGAGAUGUUCUGCAAAGGGUGACAGUGCUACAGUUUCUGCUUCAAAUGCUCAUGGAAUGGAAUUGAGUUUCUCUAAUAUUCCACCACAUGAUGCACGUAUCCUUUACUCUGUAGCUCCUUCCAUGGGCCAUAAUAAGGAAAAUCAUCCUGAAUCCAAUUUAAGGGUUCCUGCAAUUGUUAAUGCUCUUGAGGCGUUUGAGCUCACAUCCAAGUAUCGUGGUUUAGAAGUGUUCGAAAUGCAAAAUUUCCCGCCUGCUUCUGUGGAUGAUAUUGCACGUGUGCAUGCAAGGGCCUAUGUAGCGGGACUUGAGAAGGCUAUGUCAAGGGCCACUGAUGAAGGAAUUAUUUUCAUUGAUGGAUCAGGACCAACGUAUGCAACUGAAACAACUUUUCAAGAAUCGCUUAUUGCCGCGGGUGCAGGACUUUCAUUAGUUGAUUCCGUGGUGUCAGCUUCUAUAAACAGCCCAAACCCACCAAUAGGAUUUGCCUUAAUCAGGCCACCAGGUCAUCAUGCAAUUCCAAAUGGUCCCAUGGGUUUCUGUGUAUUUGGCAACAUAGCUGUUGCUGCUCGCUAUGCUCAACAUGUGCAUGGAUUAAGUCGGGUUCUAAUUAUUGAUUUUGAUGUUCAUCAUGGUAAUGGAACAUGUGAUGCAUUUUAUGAUGAUCCAAACGUAUUCUUCCUGUCUACUCAUCAGGUUGGAAGUUAUCCUGGUACUGGGAAGAUUGAACAGGUUGGUCAAGGAAAAGGUGAAGGGACAACAUUGAACUUGCCUCUACCUGGAGGGUCUGGUGAUUAUGCUAUGAGAAAUGUCUUUGACGAGGUCAUUGCACCAUGUGCUCAAAGAUUCAAACCAGAUAUUAUUCUCGUCUCAGCUGGCUAUGAUGCCCAUGUGCUUGAUCCACUGGCUGGUCUACAAUUUACUGCUGGCACUUACUACAUGCUUGCAUCAAGCAUCAAGCAACUGGCAAAGGAGCUAUGCAAGGGACGAUGCGUGUUCUUCUUGGAGGGUGGAUAUAAUCUCCAAUCUCUCUCCCACUCUGUGGUAGACACGUUUCGCGCCUUUCUUGGGGAGCCAAGCUUGGCUCCAGAGUUUGAUGAUCCUGCCAUCUUGUAUGAAGAGCCAUUAUCCAAAGCUAAACAAGUCAUUCAGAAAGUCAAGCAUCUACACUCCCUGUAGAAUCAAGGUGGAUGAGUGGAUUUACUCUUAGAGACGGAUAUGAAACAAGCAUAUCCGUGAAGAGGUAGAAGUAGCUCCAGUGGCAGAUAAAACUAAAUAGAGUUGCCUCAUAUGGUAUGGUCAUGUAAAACAGUGGUAUUUUGAUGACCCUGUUAGGAGAGUUUAUGUAUUAAAUAUGGCCUAUCUUAAGAAAGGUAGAGGUAGACCUAAAAAGGCUUGACUAGAAAAUAUUAAAAAUAACAUUUCUUUAUUAGACUUAAAUGAUAAUUUGACUCUAAAUAGGACAUAAUGGAGAAAAAGGAUUCAUCCACGUAGUGGGAUAAAUGCUUGAUGUUGUUGUUGUAUUUGAUAAAAAUGGCACACUCAUAAAUUACCUGGUAGAAUUUGUUCAAAAAAUACAUAAACGUUAAGAAUAGUCAUAUCUAUAACAUGCAGAAAGUUACCUAUUAAAAGUUUAGCUGUUGUAAAGUUAUUCUCAUUUUUACACUACAAAAUUAUAAAUUUAAUCAUGAAAAAUUUCAAAAAUUUUAUAUUGUUGAAAAUAGAGAUAGGCAGAACGUAACAUACCUAGAUCCGGAAAACUUUUCGAAUUGGACCAAUAACAGAAAAUGAGUUGGAGGUGCUAAAACCUAACUUUCUUUCUCUAUCUCUCUCUCUCUCUCUCUCUCUCUAGCAGUUGCUUAAGGGGCAAAAUAGGUUUUGAUAAAAAAAAAUGAAAUGAGUGGAAAAAUAAUAUUUUUAUAAGAUUCAGAUAUGGCGCCAUGACGCUCGACAAUAUAGUGCCGCAACGCUCUCUACUGGAGAGCAUGACACCACAACACCACCCCCAGCAUCACAGGUUGAAUUAAUUUGGCCAAAAAGAUAGAAGCCUUAAUGUCGCAAUGCUGCCUACUCCAACAAUGCUAUGCUCCUAGGGAAAAUUUCAGAAGUUUCAAUUAUGCACACAGACUCCCAGGACCUGCUUCAGAAUAGAUUCAAAUACUCUAUGCACAUAGAACAACACUCACAGGCACAUCCAGAGGAUAUGAAUCCAAAAUUUUUUAUAGGUUAUAUUUAUUGAAUCUGGGCAGAACAAGUGCAAUUGUGCACAGAUUUAGUAGAUGGUACUUACAUCUCUCUCUUUCUCUCCCCAAUAACUUUUAUUUAAUUACAUAUGUGUCCAAAUGGAAUAUAUCCUGAAUGGUUGCUAUUAAAAGAAAAAAAGUAAAUGCAAUCUUGUAAUGUGGAUUUUUUAGAAGAUUGAAAGGAAGUCCAGCUUAAAAAAUAUCUUUGUGAAGCUAAUUUUCCUUUACAUGCACCACUUCAAAUCCUCAUACGUAUCUCCUACAUAAAAAAAUGGCCUGCCGAGAAGCUCCUUCCAUAUCUUUUCCCCACCAUAGCUGCCACCACCAUCUGUAAUUGUAUAGCUUACAUAUGCUUGAAUUCCACCAAUAACACGGCUUGUAUCUGCCAUAUUUGCUAAUAUUCUCUCAAGGUUUCUACCAGACCUCAGAAUUUAUGGGAAAAAAAGAGUGCUGGUUGCAUCACUUAAGCCACUUGCAAGAAGAAAGUUAAGGCCACUGAACUUCCUCCCCAAAGGUGAGGUCAUAUUGCGCUUACUCCACUUAAAUAGCUGAGAUAUUCCCCUUUUCCUCACUGGGAUUAAUUGAUAGCUGGUAUCUAUUCAAGUGAGGUCAUAGUUGAUUUAUUGCUGUUAUGUUAUGUCGGGGUCUUUAUGGUUUAUUUUGUGCAUCUUUUUUUAUUUUAUAGAGAGUUUUUAUAGCUCUUUUUUGCUAUAGUUUUAUUGUUGCAUUGUAGAAUUUUAUGUAGCAACGAGAUUUUUAUAAUAAGAUUUGUUAGAGUAUGAUAGUUGUAAGAAAAUUGUUAUUUAACUUCCAAACUAUGACUUGUUAGGAGAAGGGUAGAGUAAAGAAAUUAUGGUUAGACUUCGAAUCAAGCGAUGAUUAUUGUUUUUGGGAGGCAUAAAAGAGAAAUCAUGUGGCGUGGCUCUUAUAUUUA